CACAACAUAUGUGUAACUGGUAUAUGAGAUAAUAAAUGCUUCGUUCAAGACCUUCAAUAGCCGUGAUCGUCUAGUGGUUAGGACCCUACGUUGUGGCCGUAGUAACCCAGGUUCGAAUCCUGGUCACGGCAAUAUUCACGAAAUAUUGUCACGGGAAGGAUUUAUUUUUAAUAUUUUUUCUUUAUAUCUCAUGAGACAUAAAACACGAAUUAUUAAUUCUUACCAACAGUGUAUCCUCCUUUUUUCAUUGUGUAAUAUGAUGCAACAGCCUUUGUAAACUUUUACUAUAAUAUUUAACAAUAAAUAAUAAUACAUUUCUGAAACCGAUUGAAAUGUCUGUAUUGUUUCAUUAAACUGUCCCGACUGUUCUCCGGAAAUUCUGACGUAAUGCAUAUGAAUGACAAUAUUCUUUAUAGUUUUGUAAAUAAACCGAACUGUUCAUAAACUGUCAGCAGAUUCUCAGAUCCAAAAUCAAUAAAUUUUCGUUGGUAUUACGACAGUCUCCAGUAGAACGUUCGCGUUUCGUUGAAUAAGUUCAAGAUGAGACGACAUCGGCUAAUAUCUUUAAUUUUUGUUCUGUAUUAUAUCGUGAUAUACAAAUACGUUUUUUGUGCUAAAUACGAUGGACUAAAACCGAUUACUUCAAUAGAUCUGAAAUUCCCUGACAGCAAGACAUUAAAUAUUGGCAUCCUUAAACUAUCAGAUUUGAGCUAUCAUAUUAUAGUCUAAAAGACAAAUAAGAAAUGAAUAAUUCCUACAGAACAGGUCGAGCUAAUUCGUAAUGCACGUGGCGUAGCAGGAUCACGUCGACAUCUCAGAGUUGGUGAUGCUCAUCAAGUUGCAAAUUACUUUCUAACUGGCGGCCCACAAAAAGGUCACGCUCAUUUCGUGAGAGAAAGAAACUGUGAAAGAAACGAUAGCGAGAAUGAUACAAGUUCUAUAAAUGACAAUAAAAAGCGGGAUAAUACUGAUUUACCCGAGAACAGCUCGAUUACAAAGUCUGAUCCCGUUAUUGGCGCUCCACAAGUAGGAGCUGAACCUACACAUGCUGAUGAUAACAUAGUAGGUGCGAUUUUAAAACCAACAAUAGACAUGUUGAGUCAGAUGCCACAUACGCUGGGAAACGAGUUAUUAACUUCUAUAUUGCAUCCUAAUUUACACCCACAUGUCAAUGCUCUACAUAAGAUUCCUGGUAAUUUAAUGAAGACAGCCACUGAGCCAAUAGUUAGUUUAAUGCGUGCGCGGACACAACUUCGAAAAGCGUUGCAACGAUCUGUCCCAAGGAAGAAUUCAAUAUAUCCGCCUAUUGUGGGAUUGCCUCCAAAAAAUUUUCGAAAUAAUGCUCCAUCAUUACAUACAACGUACCCUCAUUUUGUAUCAUCUCACCCUCAACCUACUGGAUAUAUUGUAAAAUAUGUGCCUCACAAUGAACCACCAGCUGAAGUUGUUAGUACUCAACAAUCUCCUACUUGUAUAAAUGAUAAUUUGAACCCAGAGGAAAAUGUAGAGAGUUCCACAAAUGAAGAUGAAUCGAUAGGAGAGGAACAAGACGGAUAUGACAGUGACGAAUAG